GAAGUUCAUCAGCAUUUUGUUACGUUCGCUGACGUGGACACAUUUACUGGAUUUGGAAGUAAUUAGUCUUGAGCCAUAAUGGCAGAUGCCUCCAGGAGCUUUUCUGAUGUGAGGAAUGUGAUCCUGUCUGCUCAUGAAAACACGGGCACACAAGCCAAAACUGAUUUCUACAAUGGCUGGGCUGAGAACUACGAGCAGGAUGUGGCAAUACUGGAGUACCAGGCUCCCUUUCUCGCAGCAGAAUGCAUUGCCACAUAUUUCAAAGGGGACAGAGCCGAGGCAACUGUUUUGGACGUGGCUUGUGGGACAGGUUUGGUUUCCUUGGAGCUGAAGAAAAAGGGAUUUAACCAUUUUGUUGGGGUGGAUGGGAGUGAAGGUAUGCUGGAAUUGGCCAGAAAGAGGGGGGUCUAUCAGGAACUCAGACGACAAAUGCUUGGUCCGGAAUCUCUCACUGCUGAAGCUGGGACGCAUGAUGUUGUUGUUAUUGUUGGCGCUUUGAGUGUUGGUCAGGUUCCAGUUGGUGUGAUCAGAGACCUCUGGCAGGCCACAAAGCCAGGGGGCUAUAUCUGUAUGACAACCAGAUCAAACCUUGAUAACCGUGAAUAUAAGGCUGAGCUGGAGCGAGUGAUGAAGAGUAUGGAAGAGGAGGGAAAGUGGAGCCAGGUGACAGUCAGUGAGGUGGAAAAGUGGGAAAGAGCUGUGUCUGAGCAGGAGACAGGCUACAUAUCUGGAGCUGUCUAUCUCUAUAGACGGAGUUUACCAUAAACAAUGUGGUGAAAAGACAGACAGGGGAUUUUUCUUCUUCAUUGUUGGAAAAAUAAUUGGAAGCACCGAGUCUUUUGUCAGUUCAAUCAAACUGCUUUGCUGCUUCUUGUCCUGGGAACUGAACUGGAGCACUGUCACAAACUGCAUGGAUUACCAUUUUAGCCAAAAACCUGAUGAAAUCUUACAGGACACUUAAGGUUUCAGCAAUAUUUCAGCAGGACAAUGACCAGAAGACGACAUAAAAGAGGGAAAUGGUCACUUUGGCCAUAAAACUAACCCUUUCCAAUGACCAUCUCGGGUCUUUGAAUGUGAACUGUUUUCAAAACUGGGAGUUUCAGUUGAAGAAGUGUAGUCCCUGAGGGAAGACAAAAAAGGAUAUGAAAGAUCUUGAAUGCCUCUGUAUAGAGGGGAUUUUUCUCUCUUACUGUGUUCUUC